UGUUCCCCAAUGCCCAACUUCGGCUACACCUACACACCCACCAACCCCGCCCCCUCCGCCUUCCUCAAAGACUCCACUCUCCGCUCCCAAUACAUGUCCGCCUCCGUGCCCGCCAACUACACCUGGCGCUUCGCAGGCUUCUACGCUUCAGUCUCUCAAGCCGGCUACCUCUUCUACACUGAACUUUCCUCCUACAACCCUGCUCAAUGCGCUGCAAUCUGCGAUGCAAAUGCAAACUGCAAGGGCUUCAACAUUUACUUUGAGAGAACUCCCAAGCUGGUGCCUGCAGAGGGCUGUAUGAGUCCUGCUCCGCAGGUGGAUGUCAAGUGUGCUUUUUACUCGACUGUGGUGUCGGAGGCCAAUGCUGUUAAUGUGGGUAGUUGGAGGGCUGGGUUCAAUGUUGUUAUUACGGGCGGAAAUGGCUAU